GCGGGGAUGCGCCACCGCCUCGGGGGCCAAUGACGUAGAGGCGCCGGGUGGGCUGUCGAAAGAGGAAAGCGAACCGAGCUGCCGCAGGCGGAGGCUUUGCGCUCCUUGUCGUCCUCUUCCAUCAGCGCGGAUGCCCCAGCCGCGCUUGAACGGCCCCAAGGCGUCGUCGCCGCCCCUUUCGCCGUCUUUGUCGUCCAUUUCCCCGUCUUCGCCGUCCAUUUCGCCGUCUUCGUCGUACGUCUAUCCCGUCCGCUCGCUUCUCAGCGGAAUCCGUCCUGCUCGAGCAGCCGCAGACACGCCAGAUGUCUCCACGCCCGCGGCGUCUUUAGAGGAACACGGCAACGCCCCCAUCGGAUCCAUUCCCGGAGAGGCGCCCCCCUCCAGUCGUUCUCUUACCGGCAGCGCCCUCCUUUCAUCCACACCGUCCUUUAGCACCAAAGUCUCUGAGCCGCGGAAAGUCAGUACGCCAAACUUUCGCGACUUCUCUCCGGACGACGACCCGCUUUCCCGCCGUUCGUUUGUCUCUGCACACGCCGCUCUCCAUCAGGCAAUGAUGGACACCGCGUUUCAUGACGAUGCUACGUCCAAUGCAGAGGCGUUCUCUGACGUCGCGUCCGAAGACAUCCUGCCCGCACCAGAUGAUAGCGUCUCCAACUUCGACGCGGCAUUACACGGUCGCUUCUCACACUCGGGCAUCGUCCACUUGGCGCCUGCCUACUCCCCGCCAGGGUCUAAUCCAUCUGCGCCCUCGACCAUCUCCGCGCCGUCGUCGCGCGAGUGCACGAGCCGCGACCCCGUCCAGGAGCCGGACGCGACCUCUCCGGAGUUGAAGGCCGAAGACGCGAGCUUGUCGAGCAGUAGCGGUGACAGUGGAGAGGGGCCACAUAUUGCGUUCAAGUACGCGCACAUGGAGGAUGAGCACGGACACCAUCUCAUUGUCGGGAGGGAGGGAAAGCUAGCUAAGUGUGAGGACGAGCCGAUCCGUACACCUGGUGCCGUCCAAGGCUAUGGCAUUCUCAUCGCGGUGGAGGAGGAUGAGGAGACAGGCGAUCUUGUCGUGCGCCAGGUGUCAGAAAACUCGACAGAGCUGCUCGGGCUUUCACCGCAGCACCUCUUCUCCCUCGAGUGCUUCUCGCAGACCCUACCCGACCAACAGGCGGACGUGCUUUUCGACAACAUUCAGUAUCUGAACGACACCGCGCUCACACCCGAGGAGCAAGCCGAGAACCUACACGUCUUCAUGUUGAGCGGCUGGGGCGAACCGGGCACCGUAGUCACAGAAGCCUUCUCGAAAGACCCCCAAAGGCGGCGCAGCUGGACCUGUUGGGUUGCAGCGCACCGGCCACAGAUGACGGCCCCGGCGAACGUGGAGACGAAGUCGGAUGGUACGUCCUCGAAGACGGAUAGCAACAUCAUCAUCCUGGAGUUCGAGCUCGAGCGCGACACGUUCAACCCGCUGUACCCGCCCCUCCCUACCGACGACACGUCGUCGAUGUACUCGGGCGUGUCCUCGCCCUCGGAGGGCACCGCAGCCAGCUCGAACUCCCCGAGCAACUCUGCAACAGAUAGCUCCGGCCGCACCUUGGUAUCCUCCGGCAGCUCGCAGGAUCAGCUGGCGAGCACACUGGAGGAGUCGCCUGGCCUGGCGUCAACGCCAAGCCUCGUGAGCAGCGGGAGCGACCUAGUUCCUCGUCAGACGGACAGCUCGCCUGCGCGCUCGGGGACGGGUGGAACAUCCGCCUUCGAUACCAACGCUGAGGAUGACUGGAUGCCCAGCCCGGAAGAUAUCCUGGAGAGCACGACGAGCCGAUCGAAGCCUCUGCUGGCGCUUGAGCGCCUUCGGCGUACACGACGCGUCGUGGGUGACUCUUCUGCGUCCGGUAGCACCAGUACGUUUGGGUCAUCGAGCUCUGGCUCUCCCAACGGGAACGCGGCACGGGAGUCACUGCGGCGGGGCCCGUCCCGCCGCCGCAGAGGCACGGGGGCUGUGGGCAUGAUGGACGUGUUUGCGGUCAUGGCGCAGAUCAACGAGCAGCUCGGAGCAGCGCCAGAUCUGGAUACGUUCAUGAAGGUCGUGGUGGGUGUCAUCAAGGACCUGACGCAGUUCCACCGGGUGCUGGUGUACCAGUUCGAUGAGCUGUGGAACGGGCAGGUCGUUGCCGAGCUUGUGGACUGGAAGCAGACGCACGACCUGUUCAGAGGGCUGCACUUUCCGGCUACGGACAUCCCCGCGCAGGCGAGGCAUCUGUAUGCGCUCAAUAAAGUACGGCUGUUGUAUGACCGCGCUGCCCCGACGGCGCGGUUGGUUGUCAGGAGGAAGCCCUUGAGAAGCCAUUUGUAUGUAUGUCCUAGCCGUCUCUUCGGGUGGUGGAUGUUCGCGAACGCGAUUGUAUCACCGAGCUGCACGGCCGCAGGCAAUGUGCGGGCACGCUCGCGAACAGCAACGCCGCGGACAGCAAGAUGCCGCGGGAGUCUUCGGUAGUAGCGGAAGUGUCGGAUGACGAGGAUCGACGGGGCGAGGUUCAGCGAUGAGACGUUGUAGGGCGACGAAC